AUGGUUCAGACUAAUCUUCGUUAUCUCGGUUUCUUGAAUAGUGUGAAGGAAUCAGCUGUGGAGUCAGAAGAUGGGAUGAGAUUUUUGCUGCUUUCUAGAGUUUUACUUGGAAAGUCUGAGGUGGUACCUAGAGGAUCUACUCAGUCGUGUCCUAGCUCACCAGAGUUUGAUUCUGGUGUAGAUGAUUUAGUUUCUCCGAAGAAGUAUAUUGUGUGGAGUACACACAUGAACACACAUGUCUUGCCUGAGUUUCUUGUCUGCAUCAAAACUCCAUUUAACUUCAACAGAGGUCCAAGGAGAUUGAGAUCAUCACCAUGGAUGCCAUUUCCUGUACUGAUCAAAGCAUUAUCCAAGUUUCUAGCUCCUUCUCAGAUAUUAAUCAUUCAAAAACACUAUAGAGAUCAGCAAAACAUGAGAAUCUCGAGGAGCGAGCUAAUACAAAGAGUCAGAGGCAUAACCGGAGACAAACUGCUUGUACAUAUCAUCAAAACUUUAGGACAUAAAGUUAGACAACAGUAA